UUUGCAGUCUGUAGUCGACUUUGUCAUGUCUGAUAGAGAUAUCGACCUCAGCAAGCCUAGCACCGACAAUGAUAUUCCUGUCGCUGUCGCGAUGGUCGUGAGCGAUCCUAUUCGAGCCACACAUCCGGUUUCGUUUUCCUUUUCGGCAUCCGGUACCAUGACGCCCCAGCAAAUAGGAUAUCUCCAAGAACAAGGCUUUCCGAAUGGUCUCGCUCGCGAAUUAGGAAAUACACGGGCCACAUAUCCUCUUCGUUUCUGGGUUGUUGACAAUUCCGGUUCAAUGCGUACCAAUGAUGGACACCAGUUGAGAGGCGCUCCAAAUAAGAUUCGUGUGGUUCCUUGCAACCGUUGGACUGAACUCCAGGGCGCCGUGGAAUACCACGCCGAAUUGGCGGGCAUUUUGGAAGCAACCACGACCUUUCGUAUGCUCAACGAUCCUGGUCCUAAAGUAGGACCGCAGGAGUUUACGGUCGCUUCCGAUGCUGCUCACAUACCGGUGCAGUCAGAGGUAAAUCAGGCCGUGAAAAUUAUUAGGAAGAGCGAACCAAGUGGUGUAACACCACUGAGCGAGCACUUACAGGAGAUCCGUUUGCGUAUCGAAGCGGUCGCUCCAUCUUUGAAGGCCGGCGGACAGCAAGCCGUGAUUGUGUUGGCGACAGACGGGCUUCCCAGUGACAAGAAAGGGGAGAGUAAGGAGGCAGUCAAAAAUGAGUUUUUGGCGUCCCUGAGAUCCCUCCAAAAUCUACCGGUAUGGGUAGUCAUCCGACUGUGUACCGACGAUGAAGAGAUAGUGACGUUUUACAACGACCUCGACGCCGUAUUGGAGUUGCCAUUUGAAGUUAUCGACGAUUUUUUCGGCGAAGGUAAAGAGAUUUACAGUGCCAAUAAAUGGUUGAACUAUGGCCUACCGUUGCAUCGUUGUCGUGAGAUGGGUUACCACCAUCGGAUAUUUGAUCUGUUAGAUGAAAGGUUGCUCAACAAAGAUGAGCUGCGUGAAUUUUUGGAACUUCUCUUUGGAGCAGAUACGCUUCGAAACGCUCCUGACAUACAUCUCGACUGGAAGGGUUUCGCCAGCAUUGUAAAACAAGUAGUCUACGCGAAUGGCACAAUCUUCAAUCCGUACACAAAAAGGCUAGACUACUGGGUCGACAUGAAGCAACUUGAAAAGUGUUACGACAACACUAGAGGAUUCCGCCUAUUUGGUCGCCGCAAGUAGCUUGGUUUUGACUGGUAUGUGUCGAAAAUAGACAGUGCACCUUCUGAUCGUUUGCAAAAUUCUUGUUUCUCGCAGUUUGCACUAUCCCUCGGGUGUAUCUCGUUGUUACCGCUUCUAAGCAAAUUCGUGUCGAGGGAAUCCUAUGGGUUCAAACAAAAAUUUGGCGUACGCUAGACAGUACUGUUGUAACAAUAAGAACGACCCUUUCUCAGC